AGCAGCAGCAGCAGCAGCAGCGUGCACCCGGCUGCGGCGGCCACAAGCGGCUCCUGGUGCGCCGCCGGGCGCCCUCGCUGCCCGGGUCCUCCCACCGCCGUAUAAAGCCUGAGGCGGGCGGCAGCGCCCUUCGCUCCUGCCCGCAGCGGAGGAGGAGCGGCACCCCAGGCGCGGCGGCUCCCCAGGCACCGGGUUUUCCUCUCGUUUUCCACCCCCGCCCCCUUUCCCCCCCACUCUCGGGGGCUGGCGGCGCGGGGAGCGGCGGCAGGCCGGCGGGUGCCGAGGGGGAAGAUGGCGUGGAGCGGCGCCCGGCCGCCGCGCCUCCUCCUGCCGCUGCUGCUGGCCCUGGCGCUGCCGGCGGCGGCGGAGCGGCGACCCGGGCCCGGCCCCGCAGAUAAACUACUAGUUUUUACUGUAGCAACUAAAGAAACCGAUGGCUUUCACCGUUUCAUGCAAACUGCAAAGCACUUCAACUACACAGUAAAGGUGCUUGGAAAAGGUGAAGAGUGGAAAGGUGGUGAGCUGCCUAACUCUAUUGGUGGAGGGCAGAAAGUUCGACUAUUGAAAGAAGGCAUAGAAAGCUAUGCUGAUCAAGAGGACUUGGUUGUAAUGUUUGUUGAAUGCUAUGAUGUUAUCUUUGCGGGGGGGCCUGAAGAACUGCUAAAGAAAUUUCAGGAAACUAAUCAUAAAGUGGUGUUUGCAGCAGAUGGACUAAUUUGGCCAGAUAAAAGGCUAGCUGACAAGUAUCCUGUUGUCCGGAGUGGAAGACGAUUCCUGAACUCAGGAGGAUUUAUUGGUUAUGCUCCAUAUAUAAAUCGUAUUGUGCAGCAAUGGAAUUUACAGGAUAAUGAUGAUGACCAGCUGUUUUACACCAAAAUCUAUGUUGACCCAUUGGCAAGGGAACGCAUUAACAUUACUUUGGAUCACAAAUGUACAAUUUUCCAAACCCUAAAUGGGGCUGUUGAUGAAGUCCUUUUGAAAUUUGAAGAGGGAAAAGUAAGAGCAAGGAAUUCAGCGUAUGACACAUUACCGAUCACUGUUCAUGGAAAUGGUCCAACUAAAAUUCACUUGAAUUAUUUGGGAAAUUAUAUCCCCAAUGCUUGGACACGGGAAACUGGUUGCAGUAUUUGUGAUUUAGACUUACUAGACCUGUCAGCUGUAACGGAAUAUCCAAGAGUAAAAAUUGGUGUUUUCAUUGAACAACCCACUCCUUUCCUACCUAAAUUUUUAGACAGACUGUUGACUCUGGACUACCCAAAGGAGGCACUCAGUAUCUUCAUUCAUAAUAAUGAGGUUUACCAUGAAAAACACAUCAAGAAAUUCUGGGAAAAAGCCAAGAACAUUAUCAGAAAUAUAAAAAUUGUUGGACCUGAAGAAGAUCUGAGUCAAGCAGAAGCCCGGAACAUGGGAAUGGACCUUUGUCGCCAGGAUAAAGCAUGUGAAUAUUACUUCAGCAUAGAUGCAGAUGUCGUGCUGACAAACCCAAAAACUUUAAGAAUACUGAUGGAACAGAACAGAAAGAUAAUUGCUCCGCUCGUAACUCGUCAUGGGAAGCUUUGGUCCAAUUUCUGGGGUGCUUUGAGCCCAGAUGGCUAUUAUGCUCGAUCAGAAGAUUAUGUUGAUAUUGUCCAAGGAAACAGAGUAGGAGUAUGGAAUAUUCCUUAUAUGGCUAACAUAUACUUAAUUAAGGGACAAACUCUCAGAUUGGAGAUGAAAGAAAAGAAUUACUUUAUGCGUGAUAAAUUGGAUCCUGAUAUGGCUCUCUGCAGGAAUGCCAGGGAAAUGACUUUACAAAGGGAAAAAGACUCCCCUUCUUCGGAAACAUUCCAUAUGCUCAGACCCCCAAAGGGUGUUUUCAUGUACAUUACCAACAGACAUGAAUUUGGAAGACUUAUUUCUACAGCCAAUUAUAAUACCUCUCACUACAACAACGACCUCUGGCAGAUAUUUGAAAAUCCUGUGGACUGGAAGGAAACCUAUAUAAAUCCAAACUACUCAAAGAUCUUCACUGAUAAUAUAGUAGAACAGCCGUGUCCCGAUGUGUUUUGGUUUCCCAUAUUUUCUGACACUGCCUGUGAUGAAUUGGUAGAAGAAAUGGAACAUUUUGGACAAUGGUCUGGUGGAAAACACCAAGACAGCCGUAUUUCUGGAGGUUAUGAAAAUGUCCCAACUGAUGAUAUUCAUAUGAAGCAAAUUGGACUGGAUAAUGAAUGGCUGCAUUUCAUAAGAGAGUUCAUUGCUCCAGUAACGCUAAAAGUGUUUGCUGGCUAUUAUACCAAGGGCUAUGCUUUAUUGAAUUUUGUUGUAAAAUACAGCCCGGACAGACAACGGUCGCUUAGACCUCAUCAUGACUCCUCUACAUUCACAAUUAACAUUGCUCUUAACAAAGUAGGAGAGGACUUUCAAGGAGGUGGAUGUAAAUUUCUUAGGUACAACUGCUCCAUUGAGUCUCCCAGGAAAGGAUGGAGUUUCAUGCACCCAGGAAGACUUACUCAUUUACAUGAAGGACUUCCUAUCUUGAAUGGCACAAGAUACAUUGCAGUAUCAUUUAUUGAUCCUUAAUUUUAUUUUUUUUCCCUCUUCAGCAGUGUUUGAUUCCUUACAUAAACAUUUAUUUAUAGAUUUCUUGAAGAUGGUGAUAAAAGAAACUUUAAGUUACUGUUCCUAGACAGCAAAGUUACUUUGGGCUAAAAGAAUGAAAAAAAGAAAAUGUUCUAAAAUUGUUGAAGAUGUCUUAAUAUCUGCUCUGAGCCUUGAGUCACAAAGUAAACACGUCCUGCUUAUUUUUCCAUUCUGCUGUCUUAAAGUAGGUAAGAAGGGAAAAUGGAAAAGCAUUUUAUAAUGAAUCUAUUUUCUUGCUGAAAAAAAAAAAACCCAAACCAAACAAGCCUAGAUGCAAAAUUAUCUGAAAAAAUUAUUGUGGUUUUCAUUCAGUAAAGUGACACAGCUAAAGUUUUUUGUGGUGUGUAUAUUUGGUACCAACCAAUUAAAAACCACAGCAUAAAACCAAAAUCAAGUGAAUCUUGUAUACAGUUGUUGAGGAUAAGCAAUAAUUCCAUAUGCUGGUAUAUACUGAAGGGAAAACAUCUCAGUAGCCUGUUUUCUUAAUUCAUUUUCAAUAGUGAAAUAUACACCUUUAGAAGAAAAAAAUAAAUAAUUUGUGGAGAUGGAGCAAAGAUUAAGUAGUUUAGCUAAGAAAAAAUGGUUUAUCAUUUGUUUUAAAAAUGCAUCCUGUUGAAAAUUUACUUUUCUUCACCAAGUGACCUUCAUUUAAAAUGAGUUAUUUUUCUAAAUGUGCAAUUGCACCCAAUUGAUACUGGAAAUUUGAUGCUUAUUUUCAGAGUGCUGGUAAAUUUUCAUAAUAGGAUGUUUUAUAAAGACAAUUUUCUACUCUUACUUAAAAUUACUUGAAUUUUGUAUCAGGAAAAUGAAAUUGUGGCAGUCUGUCUUUUAAAGUGAAGGGCCUUAACUUGCCAUUUAUUUUAAGGAAAUCGGUUUAAAAUAUUCCUACUGUAUCUACUGUUUGUAAUUUAAAGAAACUUGAAGCAAACUAUCUCAAAGUCUACCGUGCCAAAAUGCACAUGUUGGAAAAACUUGUGAAAAAUAAAGGGUAAUGUUAAAUUAA